UUAGAGAAUUAGGACGCCAUGAAGUCGCUAUUUGUAUUGAUGACGCUCUUCGCCGUCUCGCACGGAAAGAGUUACGAUGGGUAUCAAGUAUUUGAAAUCACACCCAAAACAGGAAUUCAGUUUCAACAGAUGAUGGAUUUGGACAUGGAACUCUUCGACGACCUUGAUUUCUUGAAGACCAGUGCCGUCGGCAAACCCAGUAAAGUGAUCGUGCCUCCCAUGCACGUGGACAAGCUCAAGGAAGCUUUGGAAGAGUUGCGGAUUGAAUUUGAAGUAUACAUUGACAACCUCCAACCCCUCAUUGACGAAGAGACGAGAGCUAUCACCUCACGCGAGAAGGCCACAACCUUGGCAAGCUUCGAUUACAACGUAUACCACAGCGCGCAAGAGAUCUUGGACUGGGUGACAGACUUCAGCCAAACCGAGUCCACAAGUUCCCUUACCAUCAAGGAAAUCUAUUUGGGGGAUUCAGCUGAGGGAUUUGCCAUGAAGGCACUGAAGAUUUCUACAGGGAGCGGCCGGCUUGGUGCUUACACCCAAGGGGGCUUACAUGGUAGAGAAUGGAUCGCACCUGCCACUGUCCUCAACCUCGUCCAAAAGUUCGUAGCAGCCUUCAAAAGUGGGGACAGCGUAGCCACCCAGUUUUUCAACAAGUUUGACUGGUACGUUCUCCCUCUACUCAACCCUGACGGUUACCACUACACUCGCCCAGAAUCGCCAUCCUUCGACCGUUUGUGGCGCAAGAAUCGUCAACAAGUUUCUUCUUUCUGUAAAGGAAUCGCCAUGAACAGAAACUAUGGCUACAAAUGGGGUGGUGAUGAUACCUCCAGCAACCCCUGUAGUGAAAUUUACAAAGGAGGUUACGCAUAUGAAGCUCAAGAACUCAAGCUGAUGACGGACUGGCUGCUCAGCCUGAAGAAAAGUCAGACCUUCAUGAUCCAUAUGGAUCUCCACAGCUACGGCCAGGACUGGUUCUAUCCGUAUAGCUAUACUUCGAGUAUUGCAACUAGUGAUGACGCUGAGUUGGUAGAUCCAGCAGCUGGGGCAAGUACGGACUUCGGAUACGAGAUCUUAGGGGCCACAUACUCCUACACCGUGGAAAUGCGGGACACAGGACAUUACGGGUUUGAGUUGCCUGAGAAUCAGAUUGAGCCCUGUGCAGAGGAAAUGUACGCUGCAUUCAUAGAGUUGUUCUCGCAGGUCCUGAGUAAGGUCUGAACAAAUUCAUAAUUAAAGGAAUUGGAAAAGGAUCUGACAGUUGUGAAAAUAUCGUUAUAAAUCGUUCUGUGAGCUUAAUUACAAAAGAAAACAGAUAUUACAAUUUGAAAGCAUAAAGGAAGGUAAACAUGAAAAUUUUCGAACAAAUCUUUCUGGUAGAUUAACGUAUAGGUAUCCUGUAUCAUGAGGAAGGUGAUAGAAACUGGAAACGAUUCUAAAAAAGAUCAGGGAUUGAGAGAAACUGUUUUAUGCGAGUGAAGAA